UGUCCAGCCCCGGCCUUGGCCCUCCACUCUCCCUGCGCGGGGGCGGCCUGGCCCAUCCCAGGGCGCUCCGCACUUCCACCCGCAGCUUCCCUGCGGAGCUAGCUUGGGCACCCAACUUUGCCACCUCCUUCAUAGACUCCGCUGGGCGCGAACCUGUCACUCCCUGGCCAGCUGCGCGCCGGGGGACAGUGCGCCUGGCGGCCCAGCGCUUAUAGCGGGGAGCGCAGAGAGCGAUAGGGGUGGCUCUGGGACAGUGUUAGGGGGCAGAGGCGACUGCUGCCUCGACUUCCCUCGCCGGGCGUCGAAGAGGACCCUUGGAGCAGUCGCAGGCCCCCGUGCGCUGGAUGACUGGCAUGAAGAGUGCGCCCGACGCCUGGUGAGCAACCCCUGCCCGCUCUCUGCGAGGCGGUGGCCAGAGACCCUGACCGCCUCUCGCUGCUGGCCGGGACCUGGGGGCUGCAGAGGUCGGCUGGCGGGAGGUGUCAGUCUCAAGUAGCGCGGAUCUGCGGGCACCUGGGCGGGCACAUCCCGCUGGUGGCGCCUACAGGAUUGGAACCGGCAUCGGUGCGGAGGCGCGCACAGUUGAGCUAGGGGACAGCUGGAAGUUUGUGUCGCUGCUUCGGCCGAGGUCUGAGCGUGCUGAGCACCAGCGUGUGAGAAGUGGUCUGUGUGCCCAUGCAACUGUGGAGUCCGAGUGUGAUUCAUGACUGAGGAAGUGUGGCCCCCCCAGUCUCUCCUUGGCACUUUUCACACAUGAGGGGAAGACGAGCUUCUGGUUAGAAGACGAGUGCCCAGAGUCCACGGCCCCUUGUCCACCAUGAAGGGCACCUGUGUCAUUGCAUGGCUGUUCUCAAGCCUGGGGUUGUGGAGACUCGCCCAGUUAGCGGCACCGGACGCCUCUCAGUGCCAGAGAGCUGAGCACCCCGUUGUUACCUACAAAGAAAUUGGCCCCUGGUUACGGGAGUUCAGAGCGAAGAAUGCUGUGGAUUUCUCGCAGUUAACAUUUGAUCCAGGACAGAAAGAACUUGUUGUAGGAGCAAGAAACUACCUCUUCAGGUUACAGCUUGAGGAUCUGUCGCUUAUCCAGGCUGUGGAAUGGGAGUGUGAUGAAGCUACCAAGAAGGCCUGUUACAGCAAGGGCAAGUCAAAGGAGGAAUGUCAGAACUAUAUCCGGGUGCUUUUGGUGGGUGGUGACCGUUUAUUCACCUGUGGGACCAAUGCUUUCACACCUGUCUGUACCAACCGCUCGCUGAGUAACCUGACCGAGGUCCACGACCAGAUCAGCGGCAUGGCGCGCUGCCCCUACAGCCCGCAGCACAACUCCACCGCGCUGCUCACAGCGGGCGGGGAGCUCUAUGCGGCCACCGCCAUGGACUUCCCUGGGCGGGACCCGGCCAUUUACCGCAGCCUGGGCACCCUGCCGCCUCUGCGCACCGCGCAGUACAACUCCAAGUGGCUCAAUGAACCAAACUUUGUGUCAUCCUACGACAUCGGAAAUUUCACCUACUUCUUUUUUCGGGAAAAUGCUGUGGAGCAUGACUGUGGGAAAACCGUGUUCUCCAGAGCUGCGCGGGUCUGCAAGAACGACAUUGGAGGCCGUUUCUUGUUGGAGGACACGUGGACCACGUUCAUGAAAGCUCGCCUGAACUGCUCCCGCCCUGGGGAAGUCCCCUUUUACUACCAUGAACUGCAGAGUACUUUUUUCCUGCCCGAGCUGGAUUUGAUCUACGGCAUCUUCACCACCAAUGUGAACAGCAUUGCUGCGUCUGCCGUGUGUGUCUUCAAUCUGAGCGCCAUCUCGCAGGCCUUCAAUGGGCCCUUCAAGUACCAGGAGAACUCACGCUCCGCCUGGCUGCCUUACCCUAACCCCAAUCCCAACUUCCAGUGCGGCACCGUGGACCAGGGCCUGUACGUGAACCUGACGGAGAGGAACCUGCAGGACGCCCAGAAGUUCCUUCUGAUGCACGACGUGGUCCAGCCCGUGAGCACCGCGCCCUCCUUCCUGGAGGACGACAGCCGCUUCUCCCACGUGGUGGUGGAUGUGGUGCAGGGCCGAGACGCGCUCGUCCACAUCAUCUACUUGGCCACAGAUUACGGAACGAUUAAGAAAGUGCGGGCACCCCUGAAUCAGACCUCGGGCAGCUGUUUGCUGGAAGAGAUCGAGCUCUUCCCCGAGAGGCAGAGGGAGCCCAUCAGGAGCCUGCGGAUCCUGCACAGCCAGAGCGUCCUGUUCGUGGGUCUGCGGGAGCAUGUGGUCAAGAUUCCCCUGAAGAGGUGCCAGUUCCACCGCACACGCAGCACCUGCAUUGGGGCCCAGGAUCCUUACUGUGGCUGGGACGUGGUGAUGAAGAAGUGCACGAGCCUGGAGGACAGCCUGAGCAUGACGCAGUGGGAACAAAGCAUCACCGCCUGCCCGACCAGGAAUCUCACAGUGGAUGGACACUUUGGCACGUGGUCUCCGUGGACACCCUGCACACACACAGAUGGCAGUGCUGUGGGAUCCUGCCUUUGCCGCACCCGCUCUUGUGACAGCCCGGCCCCGCAGUGUGGCGGCUGGCAGACCGAGGGCCCCAGCGUGGAGAUCGCCAACUGCUCCAGGAACGGAGGCUGGACCCCAUGGACUUCGUGGUCUCCCUGCAGCACCAGCUGCGGAAUCGGCUUCCAGGUGCGCCAGCGAUCCUGCAGCAACCCGACGCCGCGGCACGGGGGCCGGGUGUGCGUGGGGCAGAACCGUGAGGAAAGGAAGAUCCAUCCUGCAUUAUACUGCAAUGAGCACUUGCUGUGUCCCCCACACAUGUUCUGGACAGGCUGGGGUCCAUGGGAACGGUGCACAGCCCAGUGUGGGGGUGGCAUUCAAGCUCGCCGCAGGACCUGCGAGAACGGACCUGACUGUGUGGGCUGCAAUGUGGAGUACCAGCCUUGCAACACCAAUGCAUGUCCUGAACUGAAGAAGACCACACCCUGGACACCCUGGACGCCUGUCAACAUCUCUGACAAUGGUGGCCACUAUGAGCAGCGAUUCCGAUAUACUUGCAAAGCUCGCCUGCCUGAUCCAAAUUUGCUGGAAGUGGGAAGACAAAGAAUUGAAAUGCGGUACUGUUCUAGUGAUGGGACCAGUGGCUGCUCCACAGAUGGGCUUUCCGGUGACUUCCUGCGCGCUGGGAGAUACUCUGCCCACACCGUCAAUGGGGCCUGGUCAGCUUGGACAUCAUGGUCACAGUGCAGCCGCGACUGCAGUCGGGGCAUCCGGAACCGGAAGCGUGUUUGCAACAACCCAGAACCCAAGUAUGGAGGAAUGCCUUGCUUGGGCCCGUCUCUGGAGUACCAAGAAUGCAACAUUUUGCCCUGCCCAGUGGAUGGCGUGUGGUCUUGCUGGUCUGCCUGGUCCAAGUGCUCAGCGACUUGUGGUGGAGGACACUACAUGAGGACCCGCUCGUGCACCAACCCGGCCCCGGCCUACGGGGGCGACAUCUGCCUGGGGCUGCACACGGAAGAGGCACUCUGCAACACGCAGUCCUGCCCCGAGAGCUGGUCAGAGUGGUCGGACUGGUCUGAAUGUGACCCCUCUGGUGUCCAGGUCCGGGCCCGCCAGUGCAUCCUUCUGUUUCCUGUGGGCAGCCAGUGUUCUGGGAACACCACUGAGAGCCGGCCCUGUGUUUUUGACUCAAAUUUCAUCCCAGAAGUAUCUGUGGCAAGAUCCAGUAGCAUGGAAGAAAAAAGGUGUGGUGAGUUCAACAUGUUCCACAUGAUUGCCGUGGGACUGAGCAGCUCCAUCCUCGGCUGCCUCCUGACCCUGCUCGUCUACACCUACUGCCAGCGGUUCCAGCAGCAGUCCCACGAUGCGACUGUCAUCCACCCUGUCUCGCCUGCCCCCCUCAAUACCAGCAUUACUAACCACAUCAACAAACUGGACAAAUACGACUCGGUGGAGGCCAUCAAGGCAUUUAACAAAAAUAACUUGAUCCUAGAGGAAAGAAAUAAAUACUUCAACCCACAUCUCACUGGGAAGACCUAUUCGAACGCCUACUUUACAGAUCUCAAUAAUUAUGAUGAAUACUAAUAGCUCCUAUAUUUUUGGCUUCUUGUAAACCCUCAGUUCCUCAAGGCCUGUGCUCCGUGACUGUCCAUGUCUCUGAGGCUUCAGAGAUGAAAUCUGGAUACAUUUCAAGUGCAUUUCAAGCCACGAGUGUCCCAUUACUGCCACAAGUACGCAUCCCUAAAAGCAACAAAAGCCUAAAUAUGAUUUUGUGAAAAUCUGGUCUACAGUUCUUGAUCAUUGCUGUGUGAGCCAUGAUGUGAAGCUCUUUGUCAUGUUCAGCCCAUUUCCUAACAAGCCUGUUGUGUUCUUGAACUUUAUUUCAUACUAGCACCACCCCACAUUAGAAGGAGUCUUUAGAAAUGCGAGCAUCUUGAUUUUGAAUACAAAUCUUCAUGAUGUUUUGGAGAACAUAGGCACUUUAUCUGAGAGCUUCCCCCUCCCCCGCAAGGAGUUCUUAGGGUCAUUCUGAUACGAUGAAGAAGGUGAAUAAGGCUGGACAAUUAUUCACCGGGACUCUCUCCUCUUCCCUAAUCUGGAUAACACCGUGGACUUUUUGGAAAUAGAUUUAAUUCUUUCCUGGGAAGGGCCAGGGCUUCCUCCAGCCCUGUAGCUGCAGAGAUGAUGGUCGACUAUGAGAAGCUCCACCUGGCCUCGGGUCUGGAUGUAGUUCCUGGGUUAUCACAGUGGAGGCGAGCAUGCAGGGCAGAGCACAGGCUCCGGGAUCAUGAACGUUACUGUAGGUUGCUGCAAAGCCAGCCUUACCCUGUUCUGGAUCUUAAGGCAUCCCAAGGCACUCCUUGUCACACUGAUGGCCUGGAAGCUACUUGUCUCAUUCUUAGUAAUUUCCUGAAGAGUCAAUCUAUAAAAUAACCACAUGUGUAGCAUUUGGGUAGACUAUACGCCUUUUCUCUCCCCUCAAAGAAAAAUCUUGGACAUUUACUAUGCCAGUUGGGGAAAGGAUUCCAAGUAUUGAACUCCAUCAAGACAGCUUUUUUUUUUUCUGUCAUGAAAGUAUUGGAAGAACUUAAAUUUAAUGCAAAAUAACAUUUUAUUUUCAAUCUGUCUGACUUAGCUAAUGUACAGCAAUCAACCCCUGCCAAGAGCAUUAAUGACGUGUGAAGCUGACUUUCUGGAGCCUGCCGCAGUCCACACUUGAAGAGCUCCCCCACCUCCGUGCUGUCACUUGCUGCCUCCAGGAGAGGGGGAAGAGGCAGGAAGAGAUAUUUAGCUUUGGUGCCUUUUCUGUUAUCUCAGCCCUGCCUUCUGUCCACCCUAUCCCACUCAGCCCCACUUCCCCCUGUAUGGAGGCCACGUGCUUCAAGAUGCACCUUGGGAAGUCAGGGUAGCUGAAAGUAAGGCCCUUAAUGAUCCCUGAGGUCUCAGUAUUGAUAAACAUUUCCGGAUGCUACGGCAUUUAUAGAUGUCCCCAGGGGGAAAAUUACUCACAAUCAACUGAUUCCUAACAUAUAGCAAUUGACUAUAUAAUUAUUAAAAGUAAUAACAAGAUUGAAAUUGUUCAUCUCAUGCCUCUGGGCAUUAUGAGAAAGGCUUGAGUAGACAUUAGAAAACAUGUUCUGAUGAUGAAUGAGCCUUCAGAUCUGUGAAAAUACAUAGUAUGAGUAAUGUGGGAUACAUAAUUUAAUUACAAUAGCAUAUGUGUUCUAUUUAAAGAAACUAUUUCAGAGAGUAUUGAAAAAACAAUCCAGUUUAGCAAUGAAUAUUCUCAAGUUCAAAAUACUUUCAUAUGUCCAAAGUUACAAAAAUGUCUCCAUUAAAACUAAGGUGAACAUGGCAGGUGGGCUCUGGGGGUCUGUUUGAUGGAAGUGCUGAAUUCUGUGUCUCUCCAAUGGAGGGUCCAUGCCGUCAUCUCGUGUGUCCCUCAUCUGUAGUCUCAGAGUCCUAAGUUCAGUCAGUGGGUGAAAUUUCCCCGGCUGUUUUCCCAAUUGUUCCUGGGUUUAAUUUUCACUGGACACUCCAGCCCAUCUCUUUCGUAUAAGAAAAAAAAUAAUAAAAACAAAAACGAAAACAAAAAAAACAACAUUGCCACUCUUUAUAGCACAUGUUAGCUCUUUUUUAAAAUUUCUCCACCCAAUCUUUUCUAAAUGUAGAAGGUCAUUUUAUUUUCCCUGGAAAAGAGGAUACUUAUAUUUUGAUAAUAUGUCUGUGGGUUUGAUGUAACAUGCUUUCUCAAACAACAUCUAGAUCAACUUUCUGCAAUGACUGGAGAUACCAGACUCCUUUGACCACAGAGCUCCAUGUGGUGCUCAUGAUAAAAACCUUUGGAAUUAGCACUCCAAAAACUCCCUUUAGUUUUGGCCCUCUAAGACUCUGUCUAUAGGAAUAGAAUCUCAGAGUCGGAUUCUCACUUAAAAGAAUAGCAUUGGCUUAGAAAAGUUCUAGCACUAUUUUGUAUUUUAGCCAGCUGUGGAAUCACUAUUGUUUCCCAUGACUGUGCAGGAAUUGUUCCUGUGUGUGUGUGGGCUUCACACUCGUUCCCCUCCUUGCCACCCUCACAGGGGGGAUCAUGCAGGACAUAUACCCUCUCGGUCAAUCCACACCUCCUUCAUCAAGCAGCACCUCAUUAGGCUGGGAUAGUUGGGAUUUCUGCUGGAAUCUUGUGGGUCACACGUUAAAAUCCUAGAUGACUUUUUCAUUCUUUAUUUCCUUCUUUUUUUUUUUUUUAUUUUUUGGCACAAGCAGAAUGAAGAGGGUAAUUUUUAAGCUGCACUGCCCUGAACCUGAAGUAAAAUGGCAUUCGUUACAAUUUACCUUCUACAGUUAUUUCUGGACUUGGAUGAAGUUUGGUUUUCAACACGAAGCUGGCUUUAGUCUUGCAUUUACAUUAUUCGAAAGUGACUCCCGGUGUUAUUCAGCAUCCUCUCUCUAGACUAGACUAGUCACGAGUUAAUAUCAAUCCCAUAGCACACGCAGGUUACCUGCAGAAUCCCUGCAUUUUGCACAGAUAGUAGCCUUCUCAUAACUCUAGAGACAAGUAGGAUUGAUGAAGCUAGGGACUCAUCCUUGAAUGGUAUGGAUUCAGAGAAUUCUAAAGAGCUGAAGAAGAAUUACAAGUGGUGAAUGAGCAUCUCUGCCAUAGAGAAACCUCUGUCCCCAGGUAGGCUCAGUUCACAGGGUUGGAGUGAACCAGAGGUCUGGCCCAUUGAUUCCCAGGUGAUUCCAAACAGAGAAGGAGGAAGUGUAGGACAUGGUUUAACAAACAGGGGAUGAGGGAGGUGGGCUCUGGCCACUCCCAGGUGUGUGUUAUGGAUGAUUCUGAGUAGGGAUCCUGAUAAGGUACACAGCUCUGAGGUCUGUCCUCGGACUCUUCUGGGUUUUAGCUGAAAGUGUCCUUAUUUCCUUAUUUAUGUGCAAGAGGAUGAAAACACACAUGUGUGUCAACACCUAGUUGAGUGAAUGUUUUCCACCAGAACCCUUGGCAGAAUUAACGGGUCCUGUCUUCAAAGUUACAGACAUAGUUUCAUCUCUGGGGACUCCAUGCCCCUGAGAUACUACCUGAGGGGAUACAUUAGAGUGGAACUGAAUAGUCAAGGGAAUUCUAUCAUAAAAAUAUAUAAAGUGUGUACUUAGCUAGUCAUUUUGUCUGAACAUGGCUUUGCCAGCAUUUGAAUUUACACAUAUGCUUCUUUACAAACUUUUUCUUGCUUUUAGGAUAAAUUGUGUUUUCCUAAUACUGUCAAACCACUUUCUUCACCAACUUUCCUCCAAGGCUGUCAACUCUCUUUAGCCUCAGGGUGUCCUUUACACUUCAGUGGGUUUUCUAGUGUGUGGAAUUUUGGGGUCAUCCCAUUGAGUCCAGCAUUUCCAUCUCAGAAGGUGACUCUAGGGCACCUAACCCAGGGUACCAGUGGCUGGUAUAGUGAACUGAGCGUUUGCUACAGGAUGUGCUGGACCUGACUCCAAAGCUCCAGUAAUUGAUGUCUAAGAAGAUAUUACAUUAAAACAGUAACCUGAAACACAGAUGCAAAUUCUCUGCCAGUCUUUUUAAUAAAAUACAAAGUGUAGAUUGCAGAUGGCAUUGGCCACGCCUAGCACAUCUAUCCACUCUAACAUCUCCAAUGUCUCAUGUCAUAGUGCACUUGACAACUUAUGCUGGCCUGACAUUGUCACUUUUUGAUUACUUGUGCAUAUCUUUGAUUAUCUAUGAUUGCCUAUCAUCAGACACUAGAAGCCAUACUGGGACCCCUGCUUCACUGGGCAGUGGAUGUGAAACAAGAGAGCAUAAAGUACUAUUCAUGUAGACCUUAAAAAUACACAGAAGGGAAUGCCACGCAUGGUAUAUUAUGUAAGAUUAAAUGUUUAGAAUCCAGGGAACAUCAUGGAAUUUAUUUCUGCUCUUUUCUGCUGUUGAGGUCAUUACAUAUAAUGGAUUUAAAGAUGUCUCAUAACUCCACAAAUACCAAGCCAAGGCAUUCAGAUUACCUGCUUUGAUAGCAUGACAAAUUAUGACAAACAGAAAAUGUGUUGCUUUAAUAUUUGCCUUUUUUGUCCUUCGGCAGUUGAAAAAUAUUGAACAAAAUGUGAUGUUGGACUUCUGGCAGUGGUUUCUAAAACGACUCUUCCAUACUACUUUCAUGCAGCCUUAUAUUAAAGAUGCAUUAUAUACAGCUUCUAGCAGAUGGAUCAGAGUCUCAUUCAAGGGCCAUGAGCUGCUUUAUCAGAAAUCUGGUACAUGUUACAGAAGCGUCAAGAACAGAAAACUACUCUCGUCAGAAGAUACUGUUCACACUGCCAAGUGACUUAGAGCAACAUUAAAGCCAGACCCGAAGCCCAGCAGAAAGGGUGCAGUUCCUCAGUUCCCAGUGAAACUGUCAUAAGAGGGUCUUUCAAGAAGGUUGUGUCAUAGACAGAAAUCAAAAUUAUGACCCAGAUCAGAGUUUGUAUCUGCCCUCCUUCAAAAAUGUUUGACUGUGUUUCCACAGUAAAGCUGACUAGUCAAGGACACGUUCAAACCUGGAAGGAGAAAAGCAUUCUGUGGCAUUUCUUAAACUAAACCAUAGGUCAGGCAAGGUAACUUACUCCACCUUUUUAGUCAGAAGUAUGAGGCCCAUAGUUCCUGUGUGCUGCUGUUCUUUCUCAGCUUUUUGGCAAUUUAGUGCCAAAUGGUCCAAAUGUUAGAGGAAUUAAAUAGUAAAAUGUUUCAGAUGUUAGAUAAAUACAGGUUGGGAGCACAAUUCACUUUCUGGUAAAAUAGCACUUCUAUCGUGUCAGUAAAAAGAGCACAUCCUUAGCUGCCCUCUCUGUAAGUUCAGAUACUUUACUUUCCUACAGAAAAUGUUGCUAGUGCCUUGGUUAAGAUGAUGCUCUGUCAUUUCACCUGGAUAUUACUAAUUCUUAUCGGAAGCAGAGGAUCUAUCAGAUCUACUGUAAAGAAAAUCAUUCUUAUUUACCUCAUUGAACUGAGGAAUGGAAAAUGGUCAAUAAGUAUUUCGUCAUCAGGUGUUGUUGUCCCCUGGGAAAUGUGGGCUAGUAAGUUAAGAAGAGGGUUAAUCCAGUCACACACUUUCAGAAGCUGAUCCCACACCAAUUUCCACAUCCUCCAGAAAACACGGUGGUUUUUGUGCUGUAAUAAGAAAAUCAGUGUGAUGCUAGAGAAGUUAUAGGUGUUUGUUUUUGCUCCUUUUUAGGCAGGUCCAUAAAUACAGGAAAGUCAAAUACAGGCUCUGACAGCUGGCACAGGUAAUGGUGAGUACAGAGUGAGAACCACCUAGAACAUUGCCUGAUCUUUUUUGUAAGUGUUGCACAACUUCAUGUCACAGAAGUUAGUAAGAAAGUUAACGAUGUUUUCUCUGCUAAACUUGAUGGCUUUUCCCUUAUACCAUAAUUUUUGGACAAAAUCAAAGGGAGGCUUCCAUAGUAUAAAAGAAAGCACAAUAUGAACCUUCUACCCAAGCACCUAGAGUCACCACUGAAGUGCUAUGUCAUCUGCAAA